GUAUUGUUACCUUGCUAGAUACCGUAUCAUACCAGGUGCAAUUUACGGCGGCCCUCUACUCUGUAUGGUCUGCUCAAUAAAUGAUCUGCGCUAGGGCCUUGGCGGUGGGGCCGAGAAAGAGAGUCUUAGUGUGUACUGGUUAAGCCGAUUUCGAGAACGACUGUACUAGCCGUUGGUACCUCGUGGUGACCAAGAGGCGGGUUUUUUCAUCUCGGUGCGAACGGGACUGUACGAAAUAAGGCAGAUACUGUACGAAAUAAGGACAGUAGGGGUACCCCAAUCCGGAGAUUCCUCUUGAGUGGGACUGUAUCGUGAGCGACGCGAGAAAGAAAAAUGGCGGGACGGGCCGAGACGCGAACCCCUGAGCCGCCCGACCGCGACGAACACGAAGAUUCACCCCCAAGAUUAGCGAGGCCGCGACGCACCACAAGACCACCGAAUAACUACGCUCAAGAGCAAGAGAUUGACACCGAGCAGAGAAAGACACGCGCCCAAUCGAAAAAGGGACGUCAAGGCAAAUCAGUACCCCAGCACGACGCAGUAUCUUCAGACGACUCCUCGACGGAGAGCGAGGACUUGAGCGCUACCGAUCUCUUGAAAGAGCUUGUGAAGCUAAGGAAAGAGAUUAGACGACGCGAUGAUCUGCAUAAGAAAGAGCUGCAAAAAAUCAAAGAGGAAUUCAGCGCAACCCUUGCAGAAGUCCGACAGGAGCUACAGACCCUGGCAGACAGACCCCCGACACCGCAAGCCCUCUCCGAGCCUUGCUCUCAGAACGGCCACGAUGAGAUCCUUCGCGAAAUUCACUCUCUGCGCAUGGCAAUCAACCCGUCAGGCCCCGNUGCAGGAAGGUGUUGGCAUUGGCACCAUAAAGAAGCAUGA